CCGGUGGCGCUGAGCACAUCAACACCAGCCUACCAUACAAAAAAGCACAACCAGGCACCAGCAGUAUCGCCGCAACAGGGCCGUGACCACGCCUCAUUCCUCUUGUCUCGUGCAAGCCGGUGUCUCAAAACUUCACACCGGCCCUGGGGCUAG